GUCACACAUGCUUGCUUCAAGAGCCACAAGUGGGAAAAGAUCUGAGGGGGCCCAGCAUCUUUCUGCCUGCUGCUGAUGUGCGUGGAAGGGAGGACAGCUUGACAUCAUGAGUGACCGCUUCGACUGCAAAAACUGCGCAGAGUCCUUGUAUGGACGCAAGUACAUCCAGGUGGAGGACAACCCUCACUGCAUCCCCUGCUAUGACCGCCUGUACGCCAACACCUGUCAGGAGUGUAAAGAAAUCAUCAGUCACAAUGCCAAGGAGCUCUUCUACAACAACAAAUACUACCACGACCACUGCUUCCGCUGCGUGCGCUGUGAUCGCUCCCUGGCCGGCGAGCCCUUCACCAGCCAGGACGACGCUCUAGUCUGCAGCGAGUGCUACGGCAACGAGUUCUCUGCCAAGUGUGUGGCCUGCGACAAGAAAGUCAUGCCUGGCUGCAAGCUGCUGGAGUACGGGGGCUCCAGCUGGCACGAGCAGUGUUUCCUGUGUCACGGAUGCCAGAAGCCCAUGGGCGGCGAGGCCUUCUUCCCAGACAACAACAACUUCUACUGCAUGCCGUGCUAUGAGGGCAGGCUGGCCCCCCGCUGCAGCUGCUGCAAAAAGGUACACCCCGCCUCCAUCUUCUUUCACACACCUUCCAAAGUGACAACUUGUUUAUCUUUUAAUAUUCCACACUUGCCAUAA